UAGGUGAUUAAGACUUCCUGCAAUUUUUCCUAACUUAAUCGCUUUGAGUGUAAUAAGAAUAAAAAGAACCAUCUCAAUUUUGACACAUUUAACAGUGUAACUACCGUGGUCCAUCAUUAACCUGCAGAUAUAAACAUUUAGUGGAAUAAUACCGUCAUGUCACAUACUUAGAAAAAGAUUUGCAGUGAUUGAAGUAAAAUAUCUUCAAGAAUGCAUGAACUGUUCACACAAGUUUUGACAAAAAAAGAUUUGUCCAAAGCAGGAGACCUAUUCUCUGUAGAUGAUAAAUCCAUCAUUCAAGAUCUUUCAGAUGUUAUUCAUAAAAUUAGAGAGAUCAUUCAUCUCUCUGAAUACAAAAGGAAUGCAAAUGAUCAAAGCGUUGUUGAAAUUUGCAUCACAAGGGUGACCUCUGCAAUAAGAGAAACUGGUUCCAUAGAAAAACAUGCAGAUGCAUUGGUUGCACUUCUUGAAUCAUGCCUUUGCCAUAGUUUGGCACCAUCCAGCAAGGGUGAAGAUCCACCCCACACCAAAAUUGCAUCUGAUGUCCUAUCUUGCAUAUUCUUGAAUUAUAGCAAGCGAGGAGUAAUGGAAUUAGCACUGCCAGUAGCUGUAAAGUUUCUUCAUAAAGGAAAUCGAGACCUAUCAAGAAAUCUUUCAUCCUACCUGUCCCUUGCAGCUAUCAAUAAUUCAGAUUUGUUAGCGCAACAUAUACAACCAAUCAUUGAUUCUUUUAUAUCAGGAAACUACGCAUUAGCUCGAGUUCUUCCACAGGUCUAUGCCGUCAAUCGAGAAGCAAUCCAUGGACAUGUGAUGGCACUAGCAUCGCUGCUACCCCUCUGUGAUACACCUGAAAAAAUAUCAUUGUUGAGCCUACUUGGUCCAAUUGCACGUAACCAGCCAGCUUUAUUGGAGGCUAGUCUUCCCCAGCUGUGUGAUUGUCUAUCUGUGCCUUCGGCCAUUCCAGCCACACUCCAACUUUUGGCUGAAAUGGCCGCCUACAAAGCCUCCUUGUUGGUAGAUUACACCUCAAGGAUAAAAGAAGCGACAGAGUCUUCGCCUUCAGUUGUUUGUUUAGCCGCACAAGUGAUAGCCCGUUUAGGGCAAGUAAAUGAAGAUCGCGGCCAAGAGGCGCUGGAUUUCAUCGUCCAACAAAUUACUCAAGCAGAGAAUCAUAAUAUCCCAUCAUUGUUACGGGAGGUAUCUAGUUUGUGUGCUACUCAUCCAAUUUUACUAACCGAAAGGCUGGUGAACAAAUUGGAGAGCUAUGUGGAGGGAGCACCAAGUGUCGCCAAAAAUAUCUAUCAACAAAUGAAAUCAAAUUUAGCCGCUCAACGAAGCGGGCAAGGGCUCCCAAAGAACAAUCCCAACGUCACUGUCCUCAAAGUCAAUGGGGAACACCAGCAUUCUGCCGCUACAAACCAUCAUCGACUCUCACUGCCACUUCAAGGUUUUAGUGGAAAUUUAUCCAGUGCAGCAAAUCCAACGUCAAAUAACAACCGGGCUUCACUUGGAGGAUUCGUCAACGUAGGAAAUAUGAGUGUGCCGAUAUCCGUGGCUAGUGCUGUCUUCAGCGGCACACCUGUUUAUAAUUCGCAAGGAAUUCCGGUUUUGUUAACCUUUGGACCGGGGGGAUUAAACAUAACCAAUCCAAUUACAACUACUUCAUCCAGCAAUAGCAAUAGCACCUCGACCUCUGGAAACAGGGUCGUUGGUAGCAGAACAAAACAAGCCGAUGCAAGUCGUUCUACCCCGCGACUUACACCAUCCACUGUACCAGGUAGCAGUGCCGUUCCAGCCGCAGUGAUGAACCGUUCAAUGAGCUGGAUAAAUGCGGUUCACAUGAGUACCAAUCGCCUCAGUCCUAGUCCGGCUGGACCUGUUUUACACAAAGGCAACAUAUCGCGCUUUGGUUCAUCCCAUCAAAUGGCUCUUGGCGCGACCCCCUAUGGCCCAAGUCGCGAAGCUCACGGACCAGGAAUUCAUAAUCCAAACCAAGGUGGACGAGGUGCAGUCUUCGCUAGUCGUGGUUCGCGCGGAAGUCUCUCAACUAAUCGAGUGCAAGUUUCAUCUGGAAAUUCGCCCGCGGUAACUAGCAACGCAUCUGUACCUUCAGCCAGCAACCCUAUGCGUAGCGUGAGCGGAAGCUUAACAACUAUGAAAGAAGAUCCCGAAGCUGACCUCCGUAUGAAUAGCUUGGUAUUUGGGCACAACAACCCAAACGUCGGAUUAGGUGGACGCGAUUUAGGUGUUAUGGCUGGGUUGGGUGGAGGAAAUCACAUGUCUCCGUCACCGACGAUUGCCCUUUCUCCUAUACAUCGCAUCCAAAAUCAAACUCCUUUCUCAUUAAUUCCAUCGAGCCUGUCCUCGUUGGCUCCAUCACCACCCCCUAUUAGCCAGAAUGGCAAUAGCGGUGUAAAAAUGCACGAAGAUUUGAUCCAAUCGUCUGUCGAUAAUCAGCACCAUAAGGCAUCCACAAACACUCUGGCAUCUCAGAGUACUCUAUCUUUCCACAAUUCCAGUGUUACCAUAAGCAAUCCAUCUGGUCAGCAUCCGCCUCAGACACAAGUGGUAGUGAGACGCAAUCAUGCUCAAUCUGGCAAUUUUUCUGGUAACCCGAACGGAGAUAGAGCGAGACUUGAUGAUGCUGUGGGUAUGGCAGCAUCUCAGCGUAUUAGUGUUUUCGAACCCUACCCCAUGCAAGACGCUGUUAAGCAUUUCUGUGACAAGCAUCUUGAUAAGAUUAAAGCGUACAUGGAGAGACUCAUGGCUCGGCUCCCUUUACCUGUGAAGUGUACAAUUGAAGAACGCCGAUCAAAGAAGCAUGCCAAAGUUCACUUUACGUGCCAAGGGAAAAGCGAAUAUUGUCUUUAUGGAAAAUCUCUAUUUGCCCUUAAAACGAAACAUCCCAGACUUUGGAUCCACCUUAUGUUUCUCGCAUUACAGUCAAGAUCCACUUCGGCCUUGAGUACACGAGAUGCCUCAGUUAGCAGUUUAAAAAAUUGUUGGGAUAUCCUAAAGUGUGACAACCGCUCAUUUCUUAAUCUGGUUAUGUCAGCAUUCCCGUCCACCAAAGACCAAGAUAGCCUUAUGCACGAGCUGCAGCAAGAUCGCUUCUUUGAUGUUUUCGAAUUUAAUGCAGCUGCUGGUACGUGGAAUUGUUUCCUUUGCAAUCAUCCCGAUCGGGCGCCUGGCUUUAUGCAAGAAAAUCAUCCGCUGAUGGAGGGCCAGCUCAAAGAAAAAAGGAACAAGUGGCUUAUUUUCAGACGCUGGAGAACACGCUAUUUCACACUGUCGGGUGCACAUCUUACUUACAAAGAAUCGAAGUUGGACCAAGAGGCAACACCGAUUGAAAUUAACCAGAUACGAAGUGUCAAGGUGGGACGCCAAGGCAGAAGCAUUCCAAAGGCUUUUGAAAUUUUUACCAGCGAUAAGACUUACGUCCUUAAAGCCAAGGAUGGUAAAAAUGCCGAAGAAUGGGUUCAGUGCCUUUCGAUUGCCGUAGCUUCGUCACAUGCACGCGAUAGUCCUUCUAGACCGUCUUCCCAACAUUUUAAUUUAGCGCAAUCGCAAUUCGGUUUGCGGACUGCUGUUUGAAAGCAAAAACGAUUAGAUAGGGCUUCCCGAACGUCCCGUUAAACCUUGUCGCUAUGCCAAAUUUGGCAUUUAAUGUCGUUUCUUUGUUUUUCAUAUGGGCGACUUUUGCUUCCCCAAGUUUAACAAACACUAACGACUAUCUUCUCCGGUUGCCGCAACUGCGUUUAGAAUUCUUCUUCCUCUGAUUCGAAAAGUCAUUGCAACACAUCCAUUCCUGUGCUUUAAAAUUGAGAGUUCUCGUGAUAAGAAUGUAGAAACUGUAUGGAGAUGUUUCUGUAGGAUUUAUUUAACAAAGAAUCCAUUAGCUUAUUUGCUUCCCACCAAUGCCUCAUUGUUAGUGUGUUUUGCCAUGGUUAUAUUACCGUUUACUGGAAACAGUGGCCUUGUUAUAUAUUUAGACUUAUACUCUCUCGAAUGUAAUAAUUUCUAGUUUAUUAAGACAGCAAAGCCUAAAGGUUAAAAAGUCGGACAAUACAUGUCAAGGUCCAUACCAA